AUGACGUCUCCUCCGCCAUUCAAGCGCAUCGGCAUUGUAGGAGCGGGGAAUAUGGGCUCGAUGAUGACCUUUGCCUUCUCCGAGCUGGGUUGCGAUGUCUCGGUAUGGGACGUGGAUCCGAAGAAUGUCGAUUCGGUGAUGAAGUUCGCCAAAGAUGCGCAGCAUCUGAAGGGCAAGAUCGACGGGUACUACAACAUCGAUGAGUUUACUAAGAGCCUGGAGGGCAAGGCCGAGCGGAAAUUAUUCCUCUUUUCCAUCACACAUGGUCAUCCGGCAGACUCCGUACUGGGGAUGAUCAAGCACGAUCUGAAGGCCGGGGACAUCAUCCUCGACGGAGGAAAUGAGAACUACCGACGGACAGAGAGGAGACAGAGAGAAUGCGCUGAAAUCGGGGUUCACUGGAUCGGAAUGGGUGUCUCUGGAGGUUACCAGUCCGCUCGACACGGGCCCAGCUUGUCGCCCGGUGGGGAUGCCAAAGCACUCGAGCUCGUCAUGCCGCUUCUGGAGCUCUACGCCGCCAAAGAUCGCAAGACAGGCAAGCCAUGUGUCACACGAAUUGGCCCUGCAGGCUCGGGACACUACGUCAAGAUGGUUCACAACGGUAUUGAAGGAGGCAUGCUCUCGACACUCGCAGAGGCAUGGUCCAUCCUCCACAACGGGUUAGGCCUCAACUAUGACGAGAUUGGCGAUCUCUUCUCGAAGUGGAAUUCAGAGGGCGAGCUCAAGAACAAUUAUCUCCUUCAGAUCGGCGCAGAUAUGCUGCACAGGAAGAAGACACCUCAAGGUGACUACCACGGCGAAGGCGCUAGCAAAGAUGACGGCUAUGUACUUGACGAUGUGCUUGACAAGGUGGUCCAAGACGAUGACAACACCGAGGGAACUCCGUACUGGUCGAUUAUGGAGUCCGCUGAGCGUCACGUCUCGGCGCCCACCCUUGCCACAGCGCACUACCUGCGUGUGGCCAGCGGGAAUCGUGAAGAGAGAGUCCGAGUUGCGAAGAAGCUUCAUAUCCCCAGCCCCAAGCCAAUUGAGACGAUCAAAGAUCGUGGUGCGUUCAUUGAGAACCUGCGCCGAGCAGUGUACUGCUCUUUCUUGGCAUCAUUCUGCCAGGGUCUCGAAUUGAUCGCGCGCGCUUCCGAGGACGAAAAAUGGGGCAUCGAUCUCGGCAGGUGCCUUCAGAUCUGGCGAGGCGGUUGCAUUAUCCAGUCCGAAGCCAUCGCAGACCUUCUGCAGCCCGCCCUGACAUCCAACAAGCGACUCAGCAAUAUGAAAUUCGUGGACGAGGUCGCGCGAGAACUGCACAAGAAUUUUGACGCCCUAAAAGAGAUUGUGAUUGAAGGAAUCCUGUCUGAUCAGUACAUGCCGGCUUUGUCUGCCACGUUAGAGUACUUGAAGUAUGAAGGAGGAACGAUGCUGCCGACCAAAUUUAUGGAGGCGCAGAUGGACUACUUUGGCGCUCAUGCCUACAACAAGCCCGGUGUCCCAGGUGAAGAUCCAGGUCCAGUCAGAAAGGAGCCUGUCCGUAUCGCCGUUAUUGGUGGUACUGGUCUGCGCGAGCUCCCCGGCUUCACUCAGGUUGCGUCGUUGUCGAUCACCACGCCCUGGGGCAACCCCUCCUCUCCUAUCACGAUCCUGCACCACAACUGCUCUCACAACAACAAGACCGUUGCCGUCGCUUUCCUCAGCCGACACGGUGCUCACCACCAGAUUGCACCUCAUGAGGUCCCAGCGCGCGCUAACAUCGCCGCUCUGCGCUCGAUUGGCGUCCGUACCAUCAUCGCCUUCUCUGCCGUCGGUAGCUUGCAGGAGCAAAUCAAGCCGCGCGAUUUCGUCAUUCCCGACCAGGUCAUCGAUCGUACCAAGGGUGUGCGCCCUUGGACUUUCUUCGAGGGAGGUGUGGUCGCGCACGUACCGUUCGGCGACCCUUUCGACGAGGGUGUCGCGAAGGUUGUGCGAGCCUGCGGUCACAGUCUGGAGGGCGAGGGUGUCGUCCUUCACGACCGGGGUACUCUGAUUUGCAUGGAGGGACCUCAAUUCUCUACCCGCGCCGAGAGCAAUCUUUACCGGUCCUGGGGCGGCAGCGUCAUCAACAUGUCGUGUCUGCCUGAGGCUAAGCUGGCUCGUGAGGCCGAGAUUGCCUACCAAAUGAUCUGCAUGUCCACCGACUAUGACUGCUGGCACGAGUCGACGGCCGAUGUCACUGUGGAGAUGGUCAUGGGCCACAUGAAGGCCAAUGCUCAGAAUGCCAGACGCUUUGUCACAGCCGUCCUCGACGCUCUGGCCAGCGAUGAGCACUCUGACCUCGUCCAGGCCAAACACGUUGAGGGCUCCAUCAAGUUUGGUCUCAGCACCGCCCAGGCCAACUGGAGCCCUGAGGCUCGGGAGAAGCUGGAAUGGCUUUUCCCUGGUUAUUGGAACUAAGCUCUCCAAAUUUUUUUUCCUUCCUGAGAUGAUAGAUACGAUGCUUCAACACAUAGGUAUUAUGUAGAUCUACUGCUCUGGCAUAGACCGUUUAUACUUGGUUACGAACUUAUGAGGAUUGAAC